CAAAAAAAACAAAAAAAAACCCUCUGGAUUAAACACCGUCUUGACGUUGGCUGCAGCAAACUGGCACCUGGCAGUUUUGGGGGGAUUCCACGGUGGACGAAAAAAUGGAUGCCCAGCCAGCGGCGGCUGGGGGAGAGGACUCUCCGGGGAAGAACGCCGACAGGAAUCCCAAGAGGAAGCCGUCGGAGCCGGACGAGAGCAAGAACAAGCCGAAGCUGAACAUUCAUAUAAAAACCUUGGCGGACGAUGUGAGAGACAGGUUAACCAGUUUCAGAAAAUCUGGUGUGAAAAAGGAGAAGCCAUUUAUCCAGCACCUCACCGACUCACAGUCAGCGGUAACGGAGUUCCCGAUCCCGGAGGAAAGCAAGAUGAACCUUUCUGAGAAGGAAAUUAUGGAUCUCUUCGAGAAAAUGAUGGAAGACAUGAAUUUGAAUGAAGAUCGAAAGGCACCUUUGCGUCAGAAGGACCUGUCAAGGAAGCAUGAGAUGGUGGUCCAGUACAUCUCCGCCACUGCCAAGUCGGGCGGCUUGAAGAACAACAAGCACGAGUGCACGCUGUCAUCACAAGAGUACGUCCAUGAACUUCGCUCUGGAAUUGCAGAUGACAAACUCCUCAACUGCCUGGAGUCUCUUCGGGUUUCCUUGACCAGCAACCCAGUGAGCUGGGUCAACAACUUUGGACAUGAAGGCCUUGGUGUCCUUUUGGAUAUUCUGGAGAGACUUCUGGAUAAAAAACAGCAGGAGAGUAUUGACAAGAAAAAUCAACAUAAGCUCAUCCAAUGCCUGAAAGCAUUCAUGAACAAUAAGUAUGGCCUGCAAAGAAUUCUGGGAGAAGAACGAAGUUUGCUCCUGUUGGCCAGAGCGAUUGAUCCCAAACAAGCCAACAUGAUGACUGAAAUCUUGAAGAUCUUGUCUGCCAUCUGCAUUGUUGGAGAGGACAAUAUCUUGGACAAACUUCUCGAGGCGAUCAGCACCGCGGCUGAAAUCAACAACCGAGAAAGAUUCUCUCCAAUCGUUGAAGGCCUGGAGAAUGACGAAGCCCUUCAACUACAGGUGUCUUGUAUGCAGUUCAUAAACGCCCUCCUGACCUCUCCGGAAGAUCUGGACUUCCGGAUACACCUGAGGAAUGAAUUCUUAAGAUGCGGGUUAAAGCAUAUAUUACCUCACCUAAAAGAAAAGGAGAACGAUGAGCUUGAUAUUCAGCUGAAAGUGUUUGAUGAGAAUAAAGAAGAUGACCUGCUGGAACUCUCCCAUCGCCUCAGGGACAUUCGGGCUGAGAUGGAUGAUAUUGGCGAAGUCUACCAUCUCCUGUACAAUAUGAUGAAGGACACCCCUUCGGAGUCUUACCUCCUCUCCAUCCUGCAGCACUUCCUUCUGAUCCGCAAUGACUAUUACAUCAGACCUCAGUACUACAAGGUAAUCGAUGAAUGCGUCGGCCAGAUCGUGUUGCAAUGCGGAGGAAUGGAUCCCGACUUCAAAUACAAAGGGAGAUUGGACGUAGAUUUUUCUCAUUUAGUAGAUGCGCUGGUUGACAAGGCCAAAGUGGAAGAGAGUGAACAGAAAGCCACUGAGUUCUCCAAGAAGUUUGAUGAAGAGUUCACCGCCCGACAGGAGGCACAGGCCGAACUUCAGAAACGCGAGGAGAAAAUCAAAGAACUGGAGACAGAGAUCCAGCAGCUUCGGUCUCAGGGUGCCAAACCUGGGCCUCCACCACCACCAGCAAGUGGAGGACCUCCACCCCCACCUCCUCCUCCGCCACCCUUUCUUGGUGGGAUGAUCCCUGGUCCUCCACCACCUCCACCUUUUCCAGGAUCAUGCCCGCCUCCUCCACCACCACCACCUGGCUUUGGACCUCCAGGUCCUCCUCCUCUUUUCGGAGGACCACGUCCUCCGCCACCUUUUGGAGGUGGAAGGUUUCCUGGACCUAUGGUUCCUCCACCAAUAGUUUUACCCUUUGGAAUGAAGGCAAAGAAAGUGUAUGCUCCAGAAACUGCCAUGAAGAAGAUCAACUGGUCAAAGGUUGAGCCGCAGGAACUCUCAGAAUCCUGUUUCUGGGUGAAGGUGAAGGAGGAGAAAUUUGAAAACCCCGAACUCUUCAAGAGGCUGUGCCAGACCUUUGCAACACACAUCAAGGCUAAGAAGGCAGUGGAGCAAGAGGAGGAGAAGAAGCCGAUACUAGCCAAGAAAAAAGUGAAAGAGCUGAGAGUUCUCGACAGCAAAGCAGCCCAAAACCUCUCCAUCUUUCUGGGGUCAUAUCGGAUGUCUUACGAGGAAAUAAAGAACAUAAUUUUAGAAGUAGACGAAGAGAAAUUGUCCGAGUCUCUGAUCCAGAAUCUUAUCAAGAACCUCCCCGAGCAGAAGGAGCUGACCUCGCUGUCGCAGCUGAAGAGCGACUAUGAGGACCUCUGUGAGCCGGAGCAAUUUGGAGUUGUGAUGAGCACAGUGAAAAUGCUGCGGCCUCGGCUCAAUGGCAUCCUCUUCAAGCUGACCUUUGACGAACACAUAAGCAACAUAAGGCCGGAUAUUAUCGGUGUGACGCUGGCCUGCGAGGAGCUGAAGAAGAGCGAAAACUUCAAGCGGAUGUUAGAGCUGGUGCUGCUGGUGGGCAAUUUCAUGAACUCGGGCUCAAGAAAUGCUCAGUCACUUGGCUUUAAUAUCAGCUUCCUCUGCAAGAUUCGAGACACAAAAUCUUCGGACCAGAAGACCACCUUGCUGCAUUUUCUGGCAGAAAUCUGCGAAGAAAAAUUCCCCGAGGUCUUGAAGUUUCCAGAAGAACUCGAACACGUGGAGAGCGCAAGCAGAGUUUCGGCGCAGACUCUGAAAUCCAGCCUGGACAGCAUGGACCACCAGAUAAAACGACUGGAAGGCGACAUCAAAAACUUCCCCAAGACGGAUAAUCCAAACGAUAAGUUUGUAGCGAAAAUGACGGUCUUUGCGAAGACAGCCCGUGAGCAGUGCGAGAAGCUGACCACCAUGCACAACAACAUGAACAAGCUUUACGACAACCUGGGAGAAUUCUUCUCCUUCGAUCCCAGAGCGGUGAACGUUGAGGAGUUUUUCGGGGACCUAGCCAACUUCCGGGCGCUCUUCUUGGAGGCAGUCAAAGAGAACAACAAGAGGCGAGAAAUGGAAGAGAAGAUGAAAAGGGCCAAGAUAGCAAAGGAAAAAGCUGAACGUGAGAAGAUGGAACGGAUGCAGAAAAAGAAGCAGCUCAUUGAUAUGAAUAAAGAGGGCGACGAGACAGGCGUGAUGGAUAGCUUGCUGGAAGCCCUGCAGUCAGGCGCGGCGUUCAGGGAUCGCAGGAAGCGGACUCCGAAAGCAACCGAGAAUCGCCUACCUGCUCUGGAAAGGUCGCGUUCGAGGCAUUACGGCAGACCGCUUGCUACAUGAGCCGCGGAGCGCCGACAAAGAAUUUGGCACUGCGCCCAUUACUGCCGUACAAAAGGAACAUCAGCGAUUGGGGCAAAGCACCACCGGAAAAGAAAAAAAAACUGGCAAGAGAGAAGAGACGACUUUUCGUUUCUUUGAAAACUCAAGGGACGCUGUGUCUUGCGCUCGUGUCAAAUGAAACGAGUUAAAGGAAAAAAAAA